AUGUGCUGGUAUCUUUCGGCUAUAGUAGCUACAGGCUUGCUCGCAGGUGCCUCUGUUGAUGCGACGACAGAUUCCAUCCCUCAUACCCAGUCAUUGACAACUUCGACAGCCAAAUGGGAGCCGCAUCCUCCUCUGCCACGCAACUCUUCAAAAGCCCUGGCCGCUCUGUUCCAGGCCUAUUCACCAGAUACGCCAGUGUUCUUGAACCAUGAACUUGCCAACCGUCUAGCUUCCAAUGGCACACAUUCUUCGCAGAUGAGUCUCAACGGCAAAGAUGUGGUUUUGGAUAAAAAGGCUCUGCCACUGGGAACAUGUGCACCUGGAACGCCGUGUACCAACGGGGCCUGCUGUAGCAAAACUGGAGUCUGCUCAUACGCCCCUUCAAGCUGUGCGCCUAAGAACUGCAUCUCAAACUGCGAUGCAAAAGCUCCCUGCGGGCAGUAUGCUGCUAAAGGAGAGGGCAAUUGCCCGUUGAACGUCUGCUGUUCUGAAUUCGGUUUCUGUGGCACAACGACAGAUUUCUGCGGCAAGGGAUGUCAGAAAGAUUACGGCUCCUGUGAAGAGGUCAAAAGGCCGUCAUGCUUAGGGAACUCGGCAAACGGUCGGCGUAUUGGCUACUACGAGGGUUGGGCAGGCGACCCAAGCGCCCGUCCAUGUGAUCGGAAGCUGCCAACCGACCUAGAUCUAACCGGUCUAACGCAUCUCAACUUCGCCUUCGCCUUUUUUGACCCUAAGAGCUUCUCGAUCACCCCUAUGACAGACACAACUGCCAAACUAUACAAGAGCUUCACCGGACUCAAGGACAAGCAUCAGUGGUUAGAGACAUGGAUCUCGAUCGGAGGGUGGUCUUUUAACAAUGACGGUAAUAACCCUGACACACGAACCGCUUUUAGUAGAAUGGUUGGUAGCGCGGCGAAUCGGCGAGCAUUUAUUUCGUCUUUGGAAAAUUUCAUGCAGACGUACGGCUUCAAUGGCGUUGAUAUAGAUUGGGAGUAUCCCGCAGCCCAUGAUCGAGGAGGAGUUGCCGCAGAUACGGGCAAUUUGGCAGAGCUGGUGGCUGAGAUGCGGGCAGCCUGGGGUAAGUCCUACGGGAUUACUGCAACACUGCCGUUGUCGUACUGGUACCUGCAAGGAUUUGAUGUCAAGACCAUGCAAGAGUAUGUGGACUGGUUUAACGUCAUGAGCUAUGAUAUCCACGGUGUUUGGGAUGCCAAUACCCGUUUUCAAGGGCAAUACAUUCGACCACAUACCAAUCUCACAGAGAUCAAGCAAGGAUUGGACCUACUGUGGAUGGCCGGAGUGGCUCCAGAGAAGGUCACCCUUGGAGUAGGCUGGUACGGCCGCUCGUUUACCCUGGCAGACCCGUCAUGCUCGCAACCCAACGGCGUCUGCCAGUUCACGGAGGGCGGCAAACCAGGACGUUGCACCAACUCAGCCGGAACACUAUCCAUUGCCGAAAUCAAAGCAAUCAUUGCCUCUGGUGCUGCGACUCAGUAUCUUGACUCCGAGGCGGCAGUGCGGUGGAUGACCUGGGAUAAUAACCAGUGGGUAAGCUACGACGACGGUGCCACCACGUUGCAGAAAAUCCAAGCGGCCAACAGCCUGUGUCUAGGGGGGAUAAUGAUCUGGGCGCUCGACCAAGACAACUCCAAGGGUAGCGCGAUGAACGACCUGCUCGGCAUAGGGGAGGCUAACGGGGUGAGCGAGGCUGCAGCCAGGGAGUAUAAGGAGCAGCUCAACAACGCAACGCUGCAAUCCGCCAUCGCCUCCUCCUGCUACUGGACGCUCUGCGACGAGGGAUGCAAUGAUGGGUAUUUCGAUGUCACCGAGGCCAAGGGGCAGGUCACCAACGUCCAGAAACGCCCAAUCUGCUCGAACGGGCAGCUUCAGACACUGUGUUGCGCGCCCGGGACAACAGUGGGCAAAUGCGAAUGGGAAGGAUUCCGCGGCGUGGGAUUGCCAUGUACACCUGUGUGCAGCGAUCCCGAGGCCGCUAUCGUCGCCCGGAACAGUAACUCGUACACAAAUAACGAGUUUGACCAGCUUAUGGAUUUGACAUGCACCGGCGGCUACCAGGCCUUUUGCUGUUCCGGCUUCGUGCCCUCGUCUAAAACCAACACGAAAAACAAGUUCCUCUAUGGCCAGGGAAUAUUCAACAAGCUGGACCUUGCCAGAAUCAAGUCUAGGGACCUGGCAAAAGGGGCCCGGGAUGAUACCCUGACAGUCGCCAUCUGCGCUGCUGCGGUGGGAGUACUCAUAGCAGCGGCCCCUUUCACGUCUGGCCUGUCGCUCAUUGGGAUCUCCGAAGCAUUAACCCUCUGCCACCGCUGGAAUAGCAGUUUCGGCAGCUGA